UUUGAGGUUAUGUCCGUGCUGCGAAUUGUCAAGUGUUUGUUGUCCUCAUAUUUGUUGUAUUUCGGAUAUUUCACAUAAAAAUGCGAUGUCGACGUUUGCCACACGACUUCAAAAUGGAAAUAUAACCACAAACUAUUGAUUGAACUUUAAAAAAUGACUUAGACUUUAAACUAUUAUUAAUGAUGAUCGUUUUGCUAUUCGAUGUGAUUAAAAACGAAUUUGGAUUUAUGUUGCACCUUUGAAGUAAUGUGUACAUAUCUUGUGUCGAUGAGCUAAGCACGAGAGACUUAAGGCCACAGUUGUGCCAAAAGCCAAAUAUACAUAAAUGAAAGAAUCAAUUGAGAAAUAUGUGUGUACAAAUACACAUAAAAUUUACACAAACUUAAAGCAUAAGUAUCUAGAUAAUUAUUAUGUUUCAGAAAUUAUUUUUUUUACAAUUGUCACAUGUCAUAACAAUAAGUUAUAACCUAAGUCACUUGGGCUAUGCUUUCAAUUGUUGGUACUUAUGUUACACAUUGCAAAAUAUUAACUGUGCUAAAAAUAAAAAUACAAUACUGCAACCUAAUUCUUAUCUGUAUUGAUAUUGUUGUAUAAUAAAUUAGUAUAUGCUAAAAGUGGUAUUAAAUUGAAGAAAAAUGCCAGGCACGAGAUUAUAUGUGGGAAAUUUGCCCUCGGACACAACGAAACGCGACCUGGAAGACUUCUUCAAGACGUUCGGCAAGAUUGACGACAUCUCGCUAAAAAAGGGCUACGGCUUCGUCGAGUUCGAGGACGGCAGAGAUGCGGACGACGCCGCCUACGAGCUAGACGGUAAAAAGUUGCUGGGCAAACGCAUAACAGUGGAGAGGGCGCGCGGCGUCCCCCGGGGCGAACCGUCCACCUCGUCGGCGGCCAGCAGUAGUUCCACGUAUCGCAGUAAAAAACCGAUUAGGACUAAGUACCGGUUGUACGUAGAAAACUUGGCGUCUAGUGUCAGUUGGCGGGACCUGAAGGAACAGAUGCGGGAAGUGGCGGAAGUGACGUACGCGGACGCGCACAGAUACUAUUUGCACGAGGGCGUGGUGGAGUUCGCGACGUACAGCGAUAUGAAACGAGCGUUGGAACGUUUCAACGAAACGGUUAUCAACGGCAAAAAAAUCUACCUCACGGAGGACGAAGACACGAAGCCGAAGCGGCGACGGUCCUCCACCAGAUCGUCCAGUUACCGGUCCAGGAGUCGGUCCAGUAGCAAGUCACGUUCUCGGUCUAGGUCGAGGAGUUACAGUAAAUCGUACUCGAGGUCCAGGUCUAGGUCGAGGAGAAGCUCAAGGAGUCGGACGAGGUCGAGGAGUUACAGGUCGAAGAGCGAGAGGAGCGACUACAGUGAUAGAUCGCGGUCCAGGUCGAGGAGCAGUAGGAGGACGAGGUCCAGAUCUCAUUCGAGAAGCUCCAGGCGAUCGUACACCAAAAGCUAUUCGAAAUCUUACUCCAGGUCAAGGUCCAAGUCUAGAUGAGACUCGGACAAACCAAAAAGACUGAAUGGUCAGACGAAUGUACUUGAGAUUAUGUUUUUUAAUUGAACAGAUUGUACAUAUUGAUUUUUGUAAUGAUUGUCUUUAUCAAUAAAUGAUAUUAUUAAUA